CGAGCUGGAUGGUGGUAAAGAUUGUUGACUGCGAACGUUCAGUAAGGUUCAUGUGCGACGAUUUCUUAUGCAACUACUUGACUGUGAUUUGUGUGAACACAUCGAUCAAAGGGACAUCUGCCGCUGAGACAUCGUGGACAGGAAAUAUUCAGAAAUAAAAGGCAGUUUGAAAGUAUUUUUGAGAUCGACGCAGUUUUGGCGAGGUUAGGUUGAACCACUCUAACUCCACGUUAGUAAAUCGACAGCCGCAGAUGAGAAACUUCUAGUUCUGUAGCUUUUCUUGGAUCACGUGAUUAAAUGCAGGUGACUGGCCACAAGAGCAGUUUGUUUAUCUUCUGCUUUAAAGUGUGAACGAAAAAGAAAGAAAGAGAAAGCAUCGAAGGAAGGGACGGAACUCUUGUCAGCAUGAGUGUGUCGUCAGACGAGGACAGGGGGCGAUCCUCCUUGCCAGAGAACAACGGCUCGACAAUUUCAGGGGGAGGCGGGUCGCAAAACUCGCUCUUCAUCCGGGCGUCCGACCGGUACCCGCGCACCCCGAAGUGCGCCCGCUGUCGGAACCACGGGGUGGUGUCGGCGCUCAAGGGCCACAAGCGAUAUUGCAGGUGGCGGGACUGUGUGUGCGCCAAGUGCACGCUGAUAGCCGAGCGCCAGAGGGUCAUGGCCGCGCAAGUGGCCCUUCGGCGCCAGCAGGCCCAAGAGGAGAACGAGGCUCGGGAACUGGGCCUUCUGUACGGGCCCAGCGGGCUCCUGCAGGUCAACCCGGAGUGCAUCGACCUGUACCCCGAAGUCCGCGCCUACAUGAAAGCGGCCGGGGCCGGCGUCGCGGACCCUAAUGGUGCCCCGAGUGCGUGCGGCGGUAAUUCCGGUUCUGCACCUAGCGGCAGCGGAGGAGCAGGAUUGGUCAACGGUCACCAUUCUAUCGGGCCUCCCCCGCUCAUUCCUGGAACUCUGAACGGCGGCGGCAACAGCAACACCAUCAUCAACAACAAUAACAACACCCCCAUCAACAACAAUUGCAGCAGCCCUGUGACGUCACCAGCUGCAGAUGACACGUCCCGGAGGAUGCGUCUGAACGGAACCCAGCGAAGCGACCACGACUAGAGCGCGACGACGAUGACGGCGACGACUCCGGAGGUAGCGUAUGCUCGUCCCCACCUCACCAUCACAUCCACCACCAGAACCAGCCCCACAG